CAUUUGUUGCUCUCUUGGGAGAGCUCAGGCUGCUCUGCAAAGGGAAGGAGCAUCAUGGUGUGGACAAAUGGCACAGUUCUCCACACUAGAUUUCUUAUGUGGCUUCUUCUGUAUGUAUUCAUCAGGAAGGUAAUGCUUGAAGAUAACAUCAUUGCAACGAGGAAAGGCAGAGUCAGAGGGACAACCUUGCAGGUACUGGGGGGAACUGUGACAGCCUUCCUUGGAAUACCUUAUGGACAGCCACCUAUUGGUCAACUGAGAUUCCGAAAGCCAGAGCCUCAUGAGAAGUGGUCAGAUGUUUGGGAUGCCACAAAGCAUGCAAACUCUUGUUACCAGAUUAUAGACACAACUUUCCCAGGAUUUGCUGGAUCAGAGAUGUGGAAUCCAAGAACAAACCUAAGUGAAGAUUGCUUAUACCUUAACGUAUGGAUCCCUUCUCCCAAGCCCAAGAAUGCAACGGUCAUGGUCUGGAUAUAUGGUGGCGGCUUUGAGUCUGGGUCAACUUCUCUACCUGUUUAUGAUGGCAAGUUUCUGGCUAGGGUUGAAAGAGUCAUUGUAGUUUCCAUGAACUACAGGACUGGUGCAUUAGGGUUUCUGGCUUUGCCAGGAAACCAGGAAGCUCCUGGAAAUGCAGGUUUAUUCGAUCAAAGAUUGGCACUUCAGUGGGUCCAGGAGAACAUAGCAGCCUUUGGGGGCAAUCCAAAAAGCGUGACCAUAUUUGGAGAGAGCGCUGGCUCUGCCUCUGUCAGUUACCACGUCCUGUCUCCCCAGAGCCAUCCUUUAUUCACCAGAGCAAUCAUGCAAAGUGGAUCUGCAAAUGCCCCUUGGGCUGCAAUAACAGCAGCUGAAGCCAGAAACCGAACAUUGGGUUUAGCUAAAAAAUUCCAGUGUCCCACUAGUGAUGAGGCAGAGCUGAUUCUCUGCCUCCGAGACAAGGACCCAAAGGAUAUCCUGGAGAAUGAAGUUUUUGCUGUAGCACACGAGCCUCUCUUGCGUGUGUAUUUCUGUCCCACUGUGGAUGGGGAUUUUCUCUCAGACAUGCCAGGAGCAUUGAUUGAGAGUGGCCUCUUCAAACCAACACAGAUCUUAGUCGGUGUCAAUAAAGAUGAAGGAUCGGCGUUUCUACCAUAUGGAGUCCCUGGUUUCAGCAAAGAUAAUGAUAGCCUGAUCAAUAAAACUGAAUUUAAAACAGCUUUAACUCUGUCCUUCCCAGAGGCCAGCCAGCUGGCAAUAGAAGCAAUCAUUUUUCAGUACACAGACUGGGAAAAUGAGCAAAAGCCAGAACAUUACCGAGACGCCAUGGACGAUGUUGUUGGUGACUACAACAUAAUAUGUCCUGUAGUGGAAUUCACUACAAGAUUUGCACAACGAGGGCACAGUGCCUUCUUUUAUUUCUUUGAACAUCGAUCAUCAAAGCUGCCUUGGCCAGAGUGGAUGGGAGUGAUGCAUGGUUAUGAGAUCGAGUUUGUGUUUGGACUGCCCCUAGAGAGAAGAGUGAAUUACACCAAAGCUGAAGAAGUCCUAAGCCGGUCCAUGCUGAGACACUGGGCCACUUUUGCAAAGACUGGAGCUCCAAAUGGGACGCUGAUUAAAGGAGGAUACUGGCCAGCCUUCAGCAGCACUCAACAGCAGUACCUGACCCUGAACACCAGCGCUCCGGAGCUGCUGACAAAGUUACGUGCUCAGCACUGUCGCUUCUGGAAUAUUUUUUUCCCCAAAAUCCUGGAAUUUACAGGAAAUAUUGAUGAAGCAGAACGGGAGUGGAAAGCAGGAUUCCAUCGCUGGAACAAUUACAUGUCAGACUGGAAAAAUCAAUUUAAUGAUUACACCAGCAAGAAAGAGAGAUGUGCAGGCUCUAAUUAA